AUGGGCAACGUAUGCACCGACGUCGCCGACGCGAACGUCACAGCUUCCGCGGGUGACGUCAACGUCACGGCCUUCGUGCGAGCGACGACGUCGCCGCCGCGAUGUCAACCCCGCACGGUGGCGCACUCACCCGGCGAGGACGACCCGACGGCGCAGUUCGCGUCGCUCUACGUCAUCGGUCCGCUGCUGUUCGAGUCUGUGGCGACGAUCGUAAUGAAUCUCGUCGUUCUCGUCGCCAUGCUGCGCUUCCGUCGGCUGACGACGCCGACGAACCGCUUCAUCGCCAGUGAGGCGGCGCUCGACGCCAGCAUGGGGGCGCUGCUGUUUUCCUUCGGGCUGCGCGUCGGCGUCGGCGACCCCGCGUUCACGCUGCCGGGCUGCGCGCUUGUCACGGGCGCGACAAUGUUCCUAGGCGUGAACAGCACGACGUGUCUGCUGCUGCUCACCGUCGACCGCUACCUGGCCGUCACGAUGCCGCUGCUCUACCGCUCGCACGUCACCAUCAGGCUCGCCGACGCGCUCAUCGCCGUCGUCUGGACGUACGGCCUUGUCGUCGGCGUCGUCACCGCCGCGCAGUCGACGACGCUGUGGAACGACGACGGCAAUCCGACGUUCUGCGUGCCGGACCUCAUGUUCGUCGACUGGAUCGCUUACAUGCUCGUCGGCCAUUACUUCAUACUCUUCGUCGCGAUGAUGUUCUGCUACGGCCGCGUCAUCGCCGCGCUGCGUCGCGGCGCGCGUCUGCAUCCGUCCAGCGAGCGGCUGCGUCGGCAGCGCAAGACGACGACGAUGACGGCCGUCGUCAUCAUCACGUCCGUCGUGCUGCUCGCGCCCAACUUCAGCUUCAUAAUGCUGUCGCACGCGACGGCGGGCCGCCACGCGACGUCGGACCACUACGUGGCGCUGCGGCAGCUGCGCUACUUCGGCCUCGCGCUCAACUCGUUCGUCAACCCUCUCAUCUACUUCUGGAACAUCAAGGAGCUGCGCGUCUGCGUGCGCGCGGCGCUCUGUCCGCGCAUGGCGCAGGCACGCGUCGCCGACGUGACGCCGUCGCUCACGGGACAAGUCACAACGCACGGCAUGAGCGGUCAAGCGAGCUCCUCGGUCGCCAACGUCGGCUGGCGCGCCAACGCCACCUACAGUCGUCAUGCGGCACUCGGCAGUCACUCGGGCGGUCCUUCUAGCUCCAGCGGUCUCUCGGGAUACUACGGUCAGCAGCGCGGCGGCAGUUACGGAGUGUCGGCAGGAGUGUCGGCAGGAGUGUCGGCAGGAGUGUCGGCAGGAGUGGCGGCAGGAGUGUCGGCAGAAUUGUCGGCAGGAUUGUCGGCAGGACUGUCGGCAGGAUUGUACAGAAUCCCGGCGCCGCAACCCGCGACAAUACAUGUCGGCGCGCUGCACGCCGAGGACGGGCGCCAAGGUGACCUAGAGGUCACCCAUCGAUCAGCGACCUGUCCGGUGAAGUCGAUCGACGCGACUGGCUUUCUAUCGGCUGAAGGUGGUGUCGCUGUUGAUUCUUACAACCAGUGCGCCAUCUACUGA